AUGCAGACCCACUAUACGGGUUUAGAUGGCAUGCUGACUGUAGCAAUUACAGCGUGUAUUUGCAUCGCUACGCUACUUGCGUUAAGAGUUGCAUAUGGUCUGGCCGUUCCGGCACGUUCUCGAUCGAAGCAUCUUCAUACUUAUAUAUUCAAGCUAGCUGGGAUAUGCACGGUGAUCGGCUUUAGCGCUUAUUUCAUAUCUUCCACAAAUUCCUCCAAAAAUUCCUCCACAGAUUCCCCCACAGAUUCCUCCAAAGAUCAAAAAGCUGAAUACAACAGAGCUAAUGGAUUAUUCUGUAAUUUCGCAGGUAAAUAUCCUGAUUACACAUGGAGGUUGAAAAAUGUGACCGACUUUUAUGUUUUCUUCAAUGGGUCUCAAGAUAGGACGUAUUUUCCUUCAGCAUUGAAGCCCAUGUUUUACUUUCCCAGGCAGGAUGGCUUUUUUACUGCAGAAAAAAUCCCGUCCAACGAAACUAGCAGCCCACCCAAAUGGAUUAGGUCUUUUUAUUGCACCGAGUCUAUCGAAUCAUUUCUCAAAAUCUUUUUCAUUUCUAGAGGCUUUGUUAAUAACAAACCCUUUGUUAUAAAAAUAUUCGAACUCAGUGUCUGGAAUAUUAUGUCCAAAUCCAUGUUUCGCUUGAUCCUUACAGAAACCUUGGAGUCUUUUCUCAAGGACGACGACAAAAUAUCGCAGUUUUUUGGCCAGACAACUCUAAAAAACGAAGAUUUAGUACAAAAGUUUUUCAAAAGCAAUUAUUCAAAUGCUACUGAAGAGGAGCAGGAACUACGGAAUGAUAUUCUUCGUUACUUCUUCGAAUGGAAUUCUCAUGUACUGAUGCCAGCUGUAAUUCAAUCCCACGGUGUAAAUAUUACCGUGAAAGAAGACAACACCCUUUCUUCUAAAAGGGAAAAUUUGGCUCGUUGGGAAUUGAACAACCCAGACGCUGGAAACGAUUUAAAUUUCAAAUUUUCGUUGGAAAAAUUCAAGAAAGGUAUAUUAAAGAUACCCCCCUUUACUUAUGAGUUCAAAUAUGGUGACGAGCUCAAGAUAAUACGUUAUUUUGAUGAAAAUGAAUCCAAAGACUUUCGCUAUCCAAAGGGCCUGUUGAUUGAUUUGCAAGAAAACAAAAUGAACCUAUUGGGAUAUAUGUAUGAAGAUGAAUAUGCAGAGACCGGACAGUCGUUAUCUUCAUUUUUUGAAUCUAAGCCGGAGACUGCAAACAGCCCCCAGGUUAUUGAGGCUUUUAAACGCCUGUUUGCCUCGAUAAAUAGCUUGAGAUCGCACAAUAUUAGUCAUGGAAACAUUGUGGUCACAAACAUCUUUGUUACCACACAGCAGAAUGGAAUGUUUAGCUUUUCCAUUGGAAACUUUAAACAAUUCAACCAAGAAGACCCUAUUUCUUUUACUUCCGACAUCAAGUCGUUUGCGGUGUCGUUUGUGCAUAAAUUAAAAAAAGAAAUGGAGUCUGAAAAAUGCAAUCCCGUCUUGUUACAGAUUACACUGGAGUAUUCUAAUGUCAUUGAGGAUCCAGAGCUUAAGAUCUCCCACAUUGCUGACUAUAAGACGAAAGAAAAAACUUGCGAUUAUCAUCCUCAAUAA